UAUAUGCAAAGAGUUGGUACUAAAUAACUAAGGAUUUCCUCAUACUCUUCGCGUUUCGCCCUGUAACUACCAUCCGAUAGGCGUGGAUCAAGUGAUGCACCAUGGAUGUGAUUCUUGAUGUGCUAGACACCCUAGUAUUCGACCGACUGUAUGCAUCGGUUCUCCCACGACAUAGUGCAACUAAACUAGCGCAUUACUUUCCCUCCAAUGGCACAGGGCUGGUAACAUUGAACGAAAGCGUCAAUCGCUAUUUCGCCCUAUCACCUUCCAAAUGGGCUACACAAAGUAUAUUGCCAAGAGACCACCUCCUUCGGCAAAGUUUGAGUUUGUUUCUUAUUACAUGGGUCUUUGGCAUCGUUCUCUACUUUCUCAGCGCCACCCUUUCGUUUCACUUCAUCUACGACAAGCGCGCCAUGAAACAUCCGAAAUUCCUACGCAACCAGAUUUCCAUGGAGAUCGCGCAGGCCGUGAACGCAAUGCCCGUGAUGGCAGCCCUCACUGUUCCAUUCUUCCUGGCUGAAAUCCGGGGAUACACAAAGCUGUACGAUUUCUGCAGCCAGGCGCCUUUUCCGCUUUACACAUACCUCCAAUAUCCUAUCUUCAUUGCGUUCACUGACUUUGGGAUCUAUUGGAUUCAUCGCGGAGAGCAUCAUCCCAAGGUCUACAAGCAUCUACACAAGCCUCAUCACAAGUGGAUCAUCUCUACUCCAUUUGCCAGCUACGCCUUUCACCCGGUGGAUGGGUGGGCGCAGAGCUUGUCAUACCACGUCUUCCCAAUCCUGUUCCCUCUUCAAAAAGUUGCCUAUCUGGGCUUAUUUGUCUUUGUGACGAUCUGGACUGUUAUGAUCCAUGACGGAGAGUAUGCUCUCGACUCACCCGUUAUAAAUGGUUCCGCCUGUCAUACUAUUCACCACUACUAUUUCAAUUACAACUACGGUCAAUUUCUAACCAUCUGGGACCGUAUUGGAGGAAGCUAUAGAAAGCCGAACCGAGAGCUUUUUGACCGCGAAGUGCGGAUGACUCAAAAAGAGAUCAAGAAACAGGUCGAUGAGAUGGAGAAACUUGUCAAGGAGGUCGAGGGCGUUGACGACCGGUGUUAUGAGACUCAAGUCGAAAUGAAAAAGACCCUUUGAUGACUGGGUAUAGUUUUUGGAGACUUAAUUGGUUUACUAUAUUCGUUGUCUAUGAUGGUUACGCAUCCUACAUGAGCUCCAUAGCAAGCGGGUUAAUCUCCGCUUAGAUCACCAAGUAUAUACUUAGUAGUGUUUAAUGUAAUCAAGAAAAGGUUCUUAUCGAUG